AUUAUCCGUACUCGCUAGCGUAAUUUCGAUUUUUACUAGUGCAUCUGGCGGCGGCUGACCGAAGCAUUUUGUGAUACAAUUUGGAGCUGCUUCAGAAAAUAUGUUAUUUUCCCAUUUUUUUUACUUAAAUCGGACCAGAAAUAUUUUGUUAUAGGUAGAUACACAAAUUCUACUUGCAUUGCAUCUAUUUUCGCAUCGAAAAAAGAUUGAAAAAAUAAUUUAUUUUCAGAUCCAGCACGACUAUUCCCUCGAUAACCAAAAAAAGCUUCCACCAGCCGCCGCUAGAUGCGCUAGUAGUAAUCGAUAUUAUACUACUGAGUACGGAUAAUGUACCGCGGGCUUAAGAAUCUAAAUGAGUUGCUGAAAACAUAGACUGAAAAUGUACACAACUUAUUGGUACUACACAUUUUCAUCGCUAACAUUGCUUUCAAUGUACCCAAAACAUCAACAAGAGUAAAAACAUCCAUUGUAUAUUUUCCCGAGGUAGAUUUGUGACAUUUCGAUAAUUCGAUAUUAAUCUCUAUUUGACGACCACAAGAUGAUCACUUUCGUUUUACAAGUUGGUGUAUAAAACUCGGCGUAGCAAGCUCAUGACAUGGCAAACGAGUGAUCGUACCGUUUCGUGAACAUAUUUCAUAUUGCAGCAAAAGGGUCACCGAUGUUCCGAGGGAUAGUGUGGUUCCUGAUCGUGGCAAACGUAACAAGCAGUCUCGCUGAGCUUGAAAUGAUUUGCUAUGCCAAUUGCCACAUUUAUAACUUCGAAUCGAAAGAAGAUAUUUUUGCAUUUCAACACAUUCCUGACACGGCGCAUGUUCUGAACAUGGAAAAUGUGCAGAUGAAACACGUCGAUCGGUGGACCCUGGAACAACUGCCUCCUUUUGUACACACUCUAAAGAUAGUAGGCUCGAUAAAGCUCAAAAGGAUUAGUGUUCCGAAUGCGUUGCGCAACCUAUAUAUAAUGAACACCAAUUUGAGAAGGAUCAAUAUAGCUUCCAACAGCUCAUUAAACAAUCUAGUUUUUUCAGGAUGUGGUGUGACGAAAGUUCCGCUGGACAUUCAAAAUGCACUACAGCUAUAUUGGUUGAGGCUGCAUGAGUGUAAGUUAAGUGAGAUUGAUUUGGCAGUGUUUUGUGAUCACUCAUAUUUAAAACUUCUUGAUUGCGAGAACAACAAUAUACGCUACAUUGUGAACACGUCAAAAAGGAAUUGCAGUUUCUACAAUGCACUCACUGAACUAAUAUUAUCAACAAAUAUGCUUACCACAGUAGACAUGGAGCUUUUCAAUGUGUUUGUCAGCUUGAGACAAGUGGAUUUACAAAGGAAUAGAAUCACAACGCUAUCAGGUCGGUUGGUACAUCGCUCUUUGGAAAUUCUUGCGAUGAAUAAAAACAAGCUCGGUCAUGUAGACCUGUGCGGUUGGGAUGUGCCAUCAAUGAAAAAGGUUUCAUUUGCCUCAAACAACCUUACGACACUACCGGAAUGCAUAACCAAUUGGACGAGCGUUUCAAAGCUCGAUUUUAGCUUUAAUGAGUUUACCAAUUUCAGUAUCGAAAGUGUAGCGGGAAUGAACAAUCUGGUGUCAAUAGAAUUAGAAUGCAACAAGCUAACCGAAAUAAUGUUGAACAGUGUGCACUUUCCUCCAAAAUUAAGCUCGCUUCGUAUUAAUCGAAAUUAUCUCACAUCGUUAGAUUUGUCGUUCAUACCGGUACGAUCGUUAGACGUAUUAGUGGCAUAUAAUUUAAUCUCAAGUUUUGAUAAGAACAAUAGCUCGCCAAACGUAACAAGUUUAAGAAUGAGUGGGAAUCAGAUUGACUGUUCAUGGGAAACGCGUUUGGAACAAUUAUACGGCGAAUGCACUAGGAACGAUUCCAUUAUUCUUUUGCGCAACAAACGAAUGAAAACAUGCGACGGCCAGAGAUCCCGGCUGUAUUUUGUGUUAUGAAUAGAUCAUGUCGUUGGAACUAUA